UAGAGUCCAUCAAAGUACCUUUUUCAUUUUGAUAGAGUGAUAUUCAAGGAGGUGGAUCGAUCUCGGUACAAUGAGGCACAUUGUCUUGGUUAACUGGCUUAAUUCACGUAUGUCCAUUCAAGUUCUAUUUUGAGACCAAAAAGAUCAACUAAUUGAGUUAUACAGUACUCACUGGCAUCCAAGUAUAUGCCUCCGUGGCACGGACCUGAAUUGGCCCCAAACCCAAAUUUGUGGGUCCAAGUCCCAUGCUUUGGGUUUAAACACAUCAUUUACGCAGAGUGCCAAACCCAGAAGCUCAAAGGUGCGCAAAAAGAAGGAACAAGUCAGAGGCAGAGAAGCUAGCGAGCAAUGAGGAACAACACUUUGUUGACAUUCCUUGCUAGACGACCAUCGACAACAACAACCCAUAACCCAAAUUUACGUUGGCGGUUCUUCUGUUCACCACCCUCUUCCUCCUCUACUGGCCCAAACAAUAAGCUCUUCGUUGGAGGCUUGUCAUGGUCGAUGGACGAGAAGUCCUUGAAAGACGCUUUCUCUUCCUUCGGGGAGGUCACUGAAGUGAAGAUAGUGUAUGACAGAGACUCAGGAAGGUCUAGAGGCUUUGGAUUUGUUAAUUUCACCAAUGAAGAUGAUGCCCAGGUUGCAAGAGAUGCCAUGGAUGGAAAGGCAUUGCUGGGUCGGCCAUUGAGGGUUACUUAUGCUCUAGAAAGAGUUCGAGGCGGACAUGUUGUGGUUCCUCGCCUUUCCGACAGUGGAGAUGCUAACAGUUGAUAUACAUGAACUCAUGUGGUGGAAUGAAAUUUUUAUAAAGUGCUUGAAGAAUCUUGUCAAAGUUCAAUUCUUACCAAGUUAUGUUAAUUCACGCCAAGGAUCAAAUGAAAUGAGCCACAUUAUGAGAAUACAUAUAUCUCUAAGAAUGUAUGAAAUUAUUUGUUUGUAAGGGACCAGGGCUUUUGUGCUACUUCAAAUAUUC